UGGGUAUCUCAGUCUCCCGGGCAGAGCGCUUCGCCGUGCCAGAGUGCGUUCAGGCUGCGCGGUGUCGGACCGAAACCACCGGGGUUCCCAAAAUAAACUGAAGGGACGCUGAUACGCGCGCGCACACACACACGGAGGAUACACACAGCGGAAGACUGAGAAGGAGAGAGAGAUACACACCGGCGGAUGGCGGAGCAGAGCCAAAGAAUAGACAGUGCACCGUAAAAGGAAAGGGGCACCGCUUUCUCCUCGUCUUUUUCUCGCUUUCGCUUGCACAUCAGUUGAAGAAGCCGGAGGACUGAGUUAUUUAUUAAUAUGGAUUCAUUCAUUUAUUUAUCUAUCGAUUUUGCUUUAAUUAGUGACCCCCGGUAGAGAAAGAGGAGAGAGAGAAACAGCGAGGGGAGGAGAGGGAGGAGCGAAAGUCAGACGGGGGUGCCUGCGUAGCCUUACUUUAUUAUUUCAUUAAUUCUCUCUUUUACCAAAUAACGGUUUUUAUUGUGUCGCUUUGCGUGCGUGUAUUCUUCAGCAGAUCAGCCAGCUAUUAACCAAAUCUUUAGGAGAACCAAAAAGCAGCAACUCCACUCUUACACGGACAGUUUCUUUCUGCCUUUUCCUUACCGAGGAUUCGCCGGUGGACUGCGUUUGUUUAGGACUUUUAAUGAGAGCGCAGGAGGGAAAAUCCAUCUUUCCCCAACCCAAACCAAAGCAAACCCGGCCGAGGGGUGAAGACUGGGUCUGAGAACCACUGCGAGCUUUACGCACAGCUGUGUGGACACAAUAAAUUGAGUCUAAUUGUGCCUGUGUUGCAUCCAGUAGAGAGUAGCUGAGUGACGAGCACCGAAUGCACCGGAUUCAUGGGUGCAAUGAUAGCAGAUAUCACCAAAUGGCCAGUCACCUUCAGCUUGUAUUAGCCUGUAUGGAUAACCACUGGUAGCUUUAUUUAUUCUCCCAAAGCCAAACAGUCUUUGCUGCGCGCCCAGCACAUCGCUGCGUGUUCGUGUGUGUGCCGGACUAGAUCAGUUCAAGAAGACUCAAGUCAGAGGAACAGAGUAUCCAUCUGGUUACCAGAGCUGUACAAAAUCCAGAAGUAGAGAAAUGUGAAUCCAGAGAGACACAGAAUCGAUUCACAGAAGAAGAAAAAAGCCAAAUCCUUAAUCUCCUUUUUUUUUCAAGUCGUCCCAGCAUCCUUACAAACGGCUGUCCACAAACCUGGAGAGCAUACGAAGAAAAGCCAAAGAACGACGACAGGACCACGAAUAGGAGAAGGAAAAAAAGUGAGACUAAAAUAAAAACAACGACCCCCAGGUCGACAGAGGACCAUGUUUGUCCCCCUGCCGGUCCCCUUCGUCUUUCAGAGAACAGCGUCCGACUUCAGCGCCUGGAGACUCAAGUCCUCGCUGGCUCCGCGGUCCAGUCCCGAUAUCAGGAUGUCCAAAGCAGGGGAGGAAAAGCCUGGAGCUGACUAUCCAGGGGACAGUUCAGACUCUGACAGAAACAGCCCCGAUGAGCAGGCUCAGACAAUGAAAACAAGCCCCUUCAGCCUCUCUCCCACACCAGUUGGCAACAAGGGAAAGAUUGAGGAUGGCUCUGAGAUAACACACAGCGCUGCACUUCCGGCACCGCCCUCUCAGCAACAGCAACAGACUCAACACCACCACACACAGUUGAUGCUUGCUGGAAGUCAGCUAGCAGGGCUUGCUGCACUUCUCCCGGCCCAGCAGCAGCUGCUCCUCCAACAGGCGCAGGCUCAGCUCUUGGCGGCAGCCGUUCAGCAGUCGAACGCCGCCCAUGCCGCUCACGCUGCCCACGCCGCCGCACAGCAGCAAGCCAACCAGCAGCAGCAGCAACAAAACCAAUCGCAAUCCCAACAACAGCAGCAGCAGCAAACCAAACAGGAGCAAACAGUCCAAGCCCCGCCUCCACCGCCACAGCUGGCCCUGUCGCAGCCAAUCCAGCUCACAGCACAGGACAUCCAGCAGCUGUUGCAGCUCCAGCAGCUGGUUUUAAUGCCGGGUCACCCUCUCCAGUCUCCUGCCCAGUUCCUCCUGUCACAGCCAGCACAGGCACAGCAGCCACAGCAGGGUUUGCUCUCGACACCAAAUCUGAUCCAGCUACCUCAACAAAGCCCAGGGGGACUGCUGACAUCACCACCUCGCCUGGGACUCCAAGCACAGAGAGAGAAGAGCAGCGAUGCUGGAAGCAGCAGCAGUGGAGGCUCUUUAGUUGCCACUGGGAGCAGCGGUGUUGGUGUUGUGACAUCUGUAGGAGUUACCUCUGCAUCCAGCAGCGCCAUGGCUUCUUCCUUAGCCUCUGGCUUGAGUUCUGGAGGUCACGGGGGUCACGGUGGUCACAUGGGGGAAGAACCCAGCGAUCUAGAGGAGCUGGAGCAGUUUGCCCGCACCUUCAAGCAGCGCCGCAUAAAGCUGGGAUUCACCCAGGGCGAUGUUGGUGUGGCUAUGGGAAAACUGUACGGCAACGAUUUCAGCCAGACCACCAUCUCCCGCUUUGAAGCUCUCAACCUGAGCUUUAAGAACAUGUGCAAGCUGAAGCCUCUCCUCGAGAAGUGGCUGAGUGACGCAGAAACAAUGGCAGUAGACAGCAUGCUGCCCAGCCCUUCUUCUAUCUCCUCCCCCAUGUUGGGCAUCGAGGGUCUACCUGGCCGACGCAGGAAGAAACGCACCAGCAUCGAGACCAAUGUGCGAGUAGUCCUAGAGCGCAACUUCAGCACGAACCAGAAGCCUACCUCUGAGGAGAUCCUGCUGAUGGCGGAGCAGCUCAACAUGGAAAAGGAGGUGAUUCGCGUUUGGUUCUGCAACCGCCGGCAGAAAGAGAAACGCAUCAACCCCUCCAGCAGCACCACCCCUCCACUGCCCAGCCAGACCUCGCCCGUUGUGACGCACAAAGCCCCCUGCUACAGCCCGCACAUGAUAUCGAGUCAGGGUCUGUCCCAGGUCACCACCAGCCUCAGCACAACAGGCACCAGUUCGUCACCUUCAGCGUCCUGCCCCAUGACUCCGGUCAGCUCAGUUGCCAUUUCUUCUUCUGUGACUCCGCCUCCUCAUAGCACAGCCAGCCCAGCUCCUCCCAGCCUCGGGACCUCUGGGCUCAACGCUGGGAACACAAUGAUGGGAGUAAGCACAGGGAUGAACCAGGCCCUCAUUGGCAACAAUCCCCUGGCUACCAUGCAAGCUCUGGCAGCCAGCGGUGGGCAGCUACCCAUUUCCAGCCUUGAAGGUGGAGCAGGUCACAUGCUUCUCGGUGGACCUGGGGGUCCCUCUGUCCCCUCCUCUCUCCGCCCUUCUCUCUUCCUCAACCGACCCACUCUCCUCCCCAUGGUGACCGGCUCUAUGGCAACAACAUCCACAACCGCCAUGGGACUGGUCAGCAGCAGCAGCGGUGGCGUGUGCGGCCCAAGGCCCUCCUUUUCCCAGUCUCCUUCCGCUGGCACCAGCAACCUCAUGAGCCCAACUUCGUGCCCAGAAGAGUCCGUGUCUCCUUGUUCAAGUCCCGCCUCUUUCUGUUCCUUCAGCGAAGCCUCGCCACCACCGCUGGGAGGGACCAUGGCCGACUGAUCCCCGACUGACAGCCAAAGUAUCCUAUUAGAGGACGAGGAGGAGAAGGAGGACGAUUAAAGGAGCUUUAAAAAUCUAAAUUUACAACCUCGCCUUUGAACCAAAGCCAUCUCUCUGUCCGAUCCAUCUCUGGUUUUGUCUGUCUCUCUCUUUCUGUAUCUCCCUGCUGACGUCUUUUGAAGCCAAAAAUAUACACAGAUGGAUGCAGGGAGGAAGCAGAGAGAGAGGUAGGAUGGAAAGGAUAGAGAGAACUGCAGAACGAAGGAGGGGAAUUCGAAACCAAAUAUUGAUCUACAGCUGGAGAGGUGGCACUGAGGUGUGUUUUUGCUUGGCAUCGGGAAGUGAACACCACGCUUUUUAACAGCUGGAGAAAAAAACUCAGUGAGGGCAGGGAUGAAAACUGAAACUGUGUGUGGAAAAAAGAAAAUGGGAGGCAAAGAAAAGACUUGUUUAACAAGCCCGAAGGUCGUGUGGUUGCAACCAAAUUUUAAAAAAACAAACAAAAAAGCAAGAAAGAAAAUAUGCUAGAAGAGAAACACACAAAGAUGUAAACCAAAAUCUCUGAAUACCAAAAACUGAAAACCAAAAAAAGACAAAAAACCAACAAACGGAGCGAAAAGCUUUAGUUCAAAAAGACUUUCUGAUCUGUCCAGGAUCAGUUUAGUACUUCAUUCUACGUCAUGCCAAACAUUUCCCAUUUCACUCAGGAUUUCUGUUUUUCUUUUGUUUUCCAUCUUCAGCUGAAGAUUUACAAAACAUCUAUUUUUCUAUUAUUUUGUAUUCAUUGCUCUUUCUUAUCCAACUCAAACAGUUUCAUACUUUACAGUUGAACCCACGUGCAGGAUGUCUACCUACCUCUCUCUUUACAGCUUUACAGUGGUCAACCUACCUUACAUUUUAACAGACUGUUUGUUUUAAUGAGACUGGGGCAGCAGAUGGGUGGGGUUUACUAUGAUAAUAAUUACUUUAGUGUCCGGUAAGAAGCCAAUCUGUAUUCGCUGUAGUACAAAAAUAACUUACUGGUAUUCAUUAAAGUCUUCUUUGUAGCAAAACCCACCCUUCUGGUAAAAGUUGGAAACUCCACUGAAGUGGUCAAAAUUUUAAGGGUUAUUUAGCUGUUAAAUGUCAAUUUGUUAGAUCCACAGUUGAUUUUGGGGAUUAUUUGUAUCUCAGAUUUCCCUCAGAGACGGAUUUUAAUCGGUUACUAUCAUUAUCAUCAUCAUCAUUAUUAUCUUUAAUUUUUGUUCAAACCAAAGUAUACACUGAAUAGGAUUCAUGCUGCCUGCGGAGUGGAUAUACACAAGGCAGAUGUGUGGUUUAUUUAUUUUUAUAUUAUUUAUUGUUUGCUGUCUUUAAUUUAAUGUUACCCUUUAUACACGCUCACCACCAUCAUCAUCAUCACGUCACCUUUCAGACUGCUCAUCUACCACCAGACAGUCACUCUUGGAUACCAAAGCAUCGCCUCUGGCAGCGUUGUCUCUGGAUUCGCCCGGGAGACGAGUGUCCAGACAAAACCUCAGCAGUGUCAAAGGGAAAACACAUAUACACAAACACACAUAUUACAGUACACUACAAGCAUAAGAAAGACCAAACCAAAAAAAAAAGAACAAAAGAAAGAGGUGAAGCACCGGCAUUCCCCUUACUGCCCCCAAACCCCUGCCCUCCAACCCUCCCUCCCAUCCGCCCCUCUCCUUUGUCUCCAAAGAUCAGAUCAAAGGGCCAAAAGAAACAAGGAGGAGAAGAGAAAGAGGAGAAGCGGAGGAGCCAAAGGUAUGAAGAGCUGCAGGGGCAAAGCGAGGAGGAGAAGAAGAAGAGGAGGAGGAGGAGAUGGAGAAGUAGGAGGAAGAGGAGCAGGAGGAGAUGCGCUUGAAGCAGCGGACCAAAAAACCAAAAAGUAACCCAAAACCAAAAGCUACUGCUACUACAGCUACUAGUUAUGUGUGAGUGACUGAAGCGUAACGAAACCAAAUACAAACAAAGAGGGGGAGGACGGGGGAGAGAAGGGGUGAGUAAGGCCCUGUCUGUCUGUUCGUCUUUAACUGUGAUUGCCGUUCUUGUAUCAUCAGACAGAAAUCGUUCCCUCCCUCCUUCCCGACCUCCCUCUGCCGGCCACCUCGGCUUUGUUCUCACUUUCUUUUUCCUGGAUGGAUAAAAUAUGGAUUAACCUCAACAAACUGACUUUGAGAAUAUAUAUAUUUUUGUUUCUGCUUUCCAUAGUGUGUCUGUUACCGAUGUAUGGAUUCGUCUCAUUGCUUUCUUCUUAUUAUGCGGUGGGUAAGGAGGGAGGGAGGGGCUGGGUGGGUGGGGGUGAUGGGUUGGUUUGGCAACGUGUUGCCUGUUUUCAUAUCUUCUUGUCUCUUCGGUUGUGGUCCGGGUUUUUCUUUUACGUUUGGAGAUAACUGUGAAAAUGUAGCUUCCGGGAUUCACUUUCUUUCUUUCUUUUAAGUUGAUUCAGAAUGUUGUGAAAAAGCCAAAACUGAAAACCAAAAGCAAAACUUUUUAGAAAUACAACCAUACCAAAUAGAACAACCAAACCAAUGCACAAGUCGUAUGAGUGGAUUAGCUGAAGUGUGUGUGUGUGUGUGUGUGUGUGUGUGUGUGUGUCUGUGUCUGUGUGUAAGCAUGUGUAGGUAAACAUAAUUCUCUUACAUACAAACCAAACCAUAAAACACACAAAAAACACAUGGUGGACAAAAUAAUACCAGUCAGUUAAGAGCAAAGCUCCGGUCAGUUUGAACCUGGAUCUGUUUCUGCAGUUUUCCAAUCACACUCAUCGACAUCCUGCAAAAGAUUCAGAUCACAUCUCAUAAAAACUUUGCCCAUUCAUCCCCCCCAUAAAGAAAUGCACAAAUUUAGCAUUUUUUGGUUCAAUUAUGAUCACAUAAAUCACAGCAAGUUUCCAGAGUUUCUCACACUUGUUGAAAAAGGCAGGAAUGCUUAUGAUGACUCAGCUCCUGGCCACUUAAACCCCAAUUUUAAAUCAACCUAGGGCUCUUUUUGUAGUACUUACAGGAUGUAAAUUCAGUUUUAAAGGCCUUGACGGCACCACAAUAAAAAAACAAACAAACAACAGUUUAUGAGUCUGAUUGUGUUGCACAAGUGAAAACAAUAGUGUGCUCAUUUCAAG